AGUAACGUUGUGCACAGUGCGAUGAAUCAAAGGGGAGCUAUUGUAAGGAGCCAAAUGCAUAACGCGUUGAUGAAACAAUGUGGGGUGGGAGUCACGAGUAGCUUAAAACGGAGGACAAGCGAAGGAAUACGAGUGAUAGUAUGAGCGGAUAGAGUUAGUCGACGGACGAAAAAAGGAAACUACGAGUUACGAGCAGUUAGCAGUCUCGAGUAUGAGAAAUCUAGACGUGCUGUGUUGUGAGCUCUCCGUAUGAGAUUCUGCGCACUGGUACUUUCAGGCGCGAAUACUGUUCCCAACACACACUUCCACACCAACAUUCUCAGUUCCAUGUAGUGUGAGAAGCUAAACAAAAGUAAUGAAAAUAGAAAGUGUAAAAUUUGAGACUUAUCAACAACCUGGUGUGUACAGUAUUAAAGUGUGUUACUGGUUGCAAAAUAGCACUGCGAUAAAAGUUAAAGAAGUUAACAAAAAAUCAAUAAACAUAAAAGCACAGGACAUGUAUUCCACAGUGAACGCUGCGUUCGAAGCCAUUGGCUGGCGUUGAUGAGCGUCGUUCUAACAUUGUAGAUGUUUAAUGUUUUAUUGAAUUACACUCGACUGCCAUAGAAAAGAGCACUGUAUAGAUAUUGUACAGAUCGGAGGAAGAGCAUAAUUAAGCGUAUUAUGUGAAUGAAGCUGGGUUGAAAAUAUGGAGGACACAGGACACGCUUGUGCUCGCUCGUCAAGUUGAUUUACAAAAGUUCGGAACCGAAGAUUGCAACAGCUAGAAUGCAAUGAACCAGUAAGCAACGCGUAUCAGCGCCAUUAAUCGAGCGAAAUAGGGGUUUCUGAAGAUGUAUGCUACCAACCGAUUGUCCGAGCUGCCGAUUGAUAAGUGCUGUUGCGGCAUUUGAUUCCGAGCAGCAGUAAGGUGCAUCGUAUAGGCGCAUUCGUUGUUUUGCUGAGGGUAAUGUGCUUUGUGCAGGUAGGAAAGUGUUUAGUCGCGAUAAGGAUAAGGAAAAGAUGGAUUGCAAACUGAGACAAGCCUUUGGGGAGAAAAUGCUGCAAACAGUUCCUCGUAAUCAGAAAAAUAAACAUUGACGGAAGGAACGUACCACAUUGUUUCGUGCUGCUGCGUGCUGAAAUGGUAGUGUAACAGUUAGCGAAUAUAGCUUUAGAUAACAUGGAUCCGCCGCCAGACUCGGACGCCAAACAUCAACAGUCAAAAAGCCUUUCGACGGGCUUUCCAAUUGGAGAUCUUCUGGUUAAUAUUUCGAACUCAAACCAAGGACGAAACAAGAAUAAGCUUAAGGAUGUGUUUGCAUCGGGCAACAAAUUGAUCGGUGCAUUUCACACGUCCGACGCAUCGUACUCCCUAGCAUCACGGACAACGUCGGAAGGUGGCCAGCAACAGCCCGAGCAGUAUAAUCAAUUUCUUGGAAUAUUAAACAAAUCUUUUUCACGUAACAAAUCGCCGGGAGCGAAAAAGUGGCCCGAAAGUGAGGACACCGCUUUCGCUCCAAAACGUGUGCCAAACCAUUCGGGUGAAUCGGAGGCUGGUGGGAAAGUGCGAGUGCUUCGCCCGCACAAGAAAAGUUCGUCGCGCUCGUUUUUCCUCAAACGGCAGCACUCUUUAUCCGAUGUAUGGCAAACCACUUUGAGGUCCACAACGGCAAUGACUCAAGCAGCGGCAAAAAUGGAUGACACCGAGCUAGUGAGCAGUUCUGCGCGUGGCACUGUUGGUAUGGGAGCUAGUGGCAUGGCCGGCACAGCAAUGGGUGCGGGAUUGACCGAUGGACAGAUGAGCAAUGCUGGAGCAGGAUCGGAUCCGUUGGGAGCAACAGGUGGUGGUGGAGCAAUCAAUAUAGGCGGCACAACCAUACCGAUUGCCCCGAAGAAACCUACCAGGCGGGCUGGAGUAAAGCCUCAGCCCGAUCGACCCAUGCGAGCCCUGUUCUGUCUGACCCGCACCAAUCCGUUGCGGAAAUUGUGCAUCGCCAUAGUAGAGUGGAAGCCCUUUGAAUAUUUGAUCCUGCUGACCAUCUUUGCCAACUGUGUUGCCUUAGCUGUAUACACCCCUUUUCCAAACAGUGAUUCCAAUAGCACAAAUGCAGCGCUGGAAAAGAUCGAGUAUAUAUUUUUAGUAAUUUUUACAGCGGAGUGUAUAAUGAAGUUGAUCGCUUACGGGUUCAUACUGCAUCCAGGAUCGUACUUGCGUAAUGGAUGGAACAUACUUGAUUUUACCAUCGUUGUUAUAGGAAUGAUAUCUACCGCACUUUCCAACCUAAUGAAGGAGGGGUUCGACGUGAAAGCUCUCCGUGCGUUCCGUGUUCUCCGACCGUUGCGUUUAGUUUCUGGAGUACCUAGUUUGCAAGUUGUCCUGAAUUCCAUCUUACGUGCCAUGGUGCCUUUGCUACACAUAGCCCUAUUGGUGUUGUUUGUGAUAAUCAUCUACGCUAUCAUCGGACUCGAGCUUUUCUCCGGCAAACUACACAAAUCCUGCUUCCACAACGAGACCGGCGAGAUCAUGGACGACCCUCAUCCGUGUGGAGAAGACGGCUUUCAUUGUGACACCAUAUCGCCGGAAAUGGUAUGCCGAUACUACUGGGAAGGGCCCAACUUCGGAAUCACCAACUUCGAUAACUUCGGUCUGUCGAUGUUGACAGUGUUCCAGUGCGUCACGCUGGAAGGCUGGACCGAUAUGCUUUACUACAUUGAAGAUGCGAUGGGUAGCAGCUGGCAGUGGGUGUACUUCAUUUCGAUGGUCAUUCUUGGAGCGUUCUUCGUUAUGAAUCUUAUCCUUGGUGUGCUCAGCGGAGAGUUCUCCAAAGAACGAACGAAAGCGAAAAACCGUGGAGAUUUCCAAAAGCUUCGCGAAAAACAACAGAUCGAGGAAGAUCUUCGUGGCUAUCUGGACUGGAUCACGCAGGCCGAAGACAUCGACCCGGACAACGAUGCGAGCGGCAUGCCGGAGGGAAAGAUGAAAAACACGAUCGAACUGGACUCGUCGGAUAACGUUGGGGAAGAUGGGGAAGUUCAGCACGAGUCGUGGUUUGCCAGAAAACGAAAGUCGAUCGAUCGUGUCAACCGACGGCUACGGCGCGCCUGUCGUAAGGCAGUGAAAUCACAAGCAUUCUAUUGGCUUAUCAUCAUACUGGUUUUCUUAAAUACUGGCGUGUUGGCUACCGAACACUACCGACAGCCACCGUGGUUGGACGAUUUUCAGGAAUACACAAACAUGUUUUUCGUGGCACUGUUCACCAUGGAAAUGCUUCUGAAAAUGUACAGCUUAGGUUUUCAGGGAUACUUUGUGUCGUUGUUCAAUCGCUUCGACUGUUUUGUCGUGAUCGGUAGCAUAGGCGAGAUGAUAUUAACAAGCACUCAAAUCAUGCCUCCGCUCGGAGUAUCCGUCCUGCGGUGCGUACGAUUGUUACGUGUGUUCAAAGUGACUAAGUACUGGCAAUCUCUGUCGAAUUUAGUAGCAUCGUUACUGAACUCUAUUCAAUCCAUUGCCUCACUGUUGCUGCUGCUGUUUCUGUUUAUCGUAAUCUUUGCAUUGCUUGGCAUGCAAGUGUUUGGAGGAAAGUUUAACUUUAACAGUUCCGUUGAUAAGCCCCGCUCGAACUUUGACAGCUUUGUUCAAAGCUUGCUGACCGUAUUUCAGAUACUGACUGGCGAAGAUUGGAAUACAGUUAUGUACGAUGGAAUUCAAGCGUACGGAGGAGUAGCUUCUCUCGGAAUAAUUGCCAGCAUUUACUUCAUUAUUCUGUUCAUUUGCGGUAACUAUAUUCUGUUAAACGUUUUCUUAGCCAUUGCGGUGGACAAUUUAGCAGACGCGGACUCACUCACCACGGUCGAAAAGGAGGAAGGAGAAAAUGUGGAGGGCGAGGAAGAAAAAAAUUCUCACGAACCAACGCCUACGGAGCACGGGGACGAUGGGUUUAUGGAUCACGAUAAGGACAAUCUGGAUUCUGACAAUGACCCAAUGAACAUAUCGGAUGAAUAUGACGGCCAUGAUUCGGAUUCCAAAACGCCGGUUGCAGAAGACGACGAAGGAUAUGAAGAGCAAGACACUCCAGGUGAGACAUUCGAUGAGCCUCCCACUGCUUCGGCUCGUCCUCGUCGCUUAUCGGAGCUCAGUGUGAAGAAAUCGAAAAAGCCCAUUCCAAAAUCAAACGCUCUGCUUAUUUUCUCUCCUACAAACAGAUUUCGCAUAUUCUGCCAUUGGCUAUGUAAUCAUAGCACAUUCGGCAACAUUAUUCUCGUGUGCAUCAUGUUUUCAUCGGCAAUGUUAGCAGCGGAGGACCCGCUCAACGCGAACAGCGAAAGGAAUCAAAUACUGAACUAUUUCGACUACUUCUUCACCUCGGUAUUCACAAUCGAGCUGCUGUUGAAGCUGGUUUCGUACGGCUUUCUGUUCCACGAUGGUGCAUUCUGUCGAUCGGCAUUUAACUUGCUGGAUCUGCUAGUUGUAUGUGUAUCGCUGAUAUCAAUGUUCUUUAGUUCUGGUGCCAUCUCUGUGAUAAAAAUACUACGUGUACUUCGUGUUCUGCGACCAUUGCGUGCAAUUAAUCGUGCAAAAGGAUUGAAGCAUGUUGUGCAAUGCGUUAUAGUAGCAGUAAAGACCAUCGGCAAUAUUGUACUGGUCACUUGCUUGCUACAGUUUAUGUUCGCCGUUAUCGGAGUGCAGUUGUAUAAGUACGUAGUUAAAUGUGUGAUAGUUGCCAUCAAAACGAUCGGCAACAUUAUGCUAGUGACGUACCUCUUGCAGUUUAUGUUUGCUGUGAUUGGAGUACAAUUGUUUAAGGGCAAAUUCUUCUCAUGCUCUGAUGGCUCCAAAAUGCAAGAAUCGGAAUGCCAUGGCACUUAUCUGGUAUACGAAGAUGGCAACGUAGAUAAGCCUGUUUCAAAGGAGCGUUAUUGGUCAAGGAAUCGUUUUCACUUUGAUGACGUUUCAAAGGCUAUGCUGACUCUUUUCACUGUAUCUACAUUUGAAGGAUGGCCUGGGUUGCUGUAUGUGUCGAUCGACUCCCACGAAGAAGAUUCCGGACCAAUACACAAUUUCCGCCCAAUAGUUGCGGCAUACUACAUCAUAUAUAUCAUUAUAAUAGCAUUCUUCAUGGUAAACAUCUUUGUCGGUUUCGUUAUCGUCACAUUCCAAAAUGAAGGCGAGCAGGAGUACAAGAACUGCGAUCUGGACAAGAACCAACGCAACUGUAUCGAGUUCGCGUUGAAAGCCAAACCGAUACGGCGCUACAUACCGAAGCACCGGAUACAAUACAAAGUGUGGUGGUUCGUUACGUCGCAACCGUUUGAGUAUAUGAUAUUUAUACUGAUCAUGAUCAACACGAUCACCCUUUCGAUGAAAUUUUAUCGUCAGCCCGAAAUUUACACAGAAGUACUCGAUUUAUUGAAUCUAAUCUUCACGGCGGUGUUUGCGCUGGAGUUCGUUUUUAAAUUAGCGGCGUUUAGGUUUAAGAACUAUUUUGGAGAUGCGUGGAACGUGUUCGAUUUUAUAAUUGUACUCGGUAGUUUCAUCGACAUCGUAUACUCAGAAGUUAACAUUAGUAAAGGAAUGAAGGGUGGAUCUAGUAUUAUUUCGAUAAACUUCUUCCGACUGUUUCGUGUCAUGCGGUUAGUUAAGCUGCUGGCCAGGGGUGAAGGCAUCCGCACACUUUUGUGGACAUUUAUCAAAUCAUUUCAAGCACUGCCGUACGUUGCAUUACUGAUUGUGAUGUUGUUCUUCAUCUACGCUGUAAUUGGUAUGCAGGUGUUUGGAAAAAUAGCCAUGGACGAUGACACAUCGAUACAUCGAAACAAUAACUUUCAAACGUUUCCGCAAGCUGUUUUGGUUCUGUUUCGAUCGGCCACCGGUGAAGCCUGGCAAGACAUAAUGCUCGACUGCUCCGCUCGCCCUGGAGAGGUGAACUGUGAUCCCAAAUCGGAUGAUGCAGGCUCUCCCGAAGGGUGCGGCUCAAACAUUGCCUUCCCAUACUUCAUCUCGUUCUACGUGCUGUGCUCCUUCCUCAUCAUCAAUCUGUUCGUGGCCGUCAUCAUGGACAAUUUCGACUAUCUUACGCGCGAUUGGUCCAUCCUGGGACCACACCAUCUGGACGAAUUUGUGCGGCUGUGGAGCGAGUACGAUCCCGAUGCGAAGGGCCGCAUCAAGCAUCUGGACGUGGUGACGCUGUUGCGUAAAAUAUCACCACCGCUCGGGUUCGGUAAGCUGUGUCCGCAUCGGGUGGCCUGCAAACGGCUGGUCUCGAUGAACAUGCCACUCAACAGUGACGGCACGGUGCUGUUCAAUGCGACACUGUUUGCGGUGGUGCGCACCUCGUUGAAAAUCAAAACCGAAGGCAACAUCGACGAUGCGAACGCCGAACUGCGGAACACGAUCAAACAGAUUUGGAAACGAACGAACCCGAAACUGUUGGACCAAGUCGUACCACCGCCAGGAGUCGACGAUGAGGUUACCGUGGGUAAAUUUUAUGCAACAUUUUUGAUACAGGAUUACUUUAGACGGUUCAAGAAACGAAAAGAAAACGAUAAUAAGCUCAACAGCGAUCAGAACAAAAGGCGCACUAUGACACUGCAGGCCGGGUUGAGAACGUUGCACGAAGCAGGCCCAGAACUGAAGCGAGCCAUCUCGGGCAACCUGGAAGAAAUUGGCGAUGACAAUCCGGAGCCAUCGCAUCGGCGUAAUCAUACCCUGUUCGGUAAUGUUUGGUCGUCCAUUCGGCGUCCGGGUCCGUUUGGAUCGAAGCAAAAGUGGAGCUCAAACAAUAACAAAAUGUCUGCCACAUCCAUGGCGGCCUCUGCUGCUAUGCACACCGUUUUAACCGGACCCAACGAUGGGUCAAGCCAAACCGAUAUGAAGCCAAAGCUGAACUGUGUCAAUAGUUCCAACACAUACAAUCAUGUAGCCGAAAGCAUCCUUCAUGCCGUGCACGAUGAUCCACUGGGACGAAGCUUCGGCAACGGACUUGGUGCGGGAAAUACUGGUAAUCCGGGUGACAUUCCGCUGCGCCCGCUCGUGCUGGACAAUUCGUCGGAUCUAAAGAAGAUGACUGCCAAUGCUACUAGUAUUAACAUCGGUUCGCAUAACAAAUCAAACAUGAAAAUGAUUGAUAACCAAGUUGGUAAUUACGAAGAAGACCGUCUUAUCCACUCAACGCCAGGCAGUCCCCAAGAAACCCACAAGUUGACUGGCGAAGUUAUAGGGUCGGCCGAGAGUCUCGUGGGCAGGGUGCUGGCCCAACAGGGAUUGGGUAAAUAUUGUGAUCUCGACUUAGUGCAUUGUGCUCAAAUGGAAAUGCAAGAGGCGCUAGACAUGACGCAGGAGGAGAUGGAUUUGGCGGCGCACGAGCUGAUGUUGGAGGAACGUUUUAACAGGAAGAAUGGCACACCUGCCAAAGUCCAACCCAAGCGUGGAACCAAUACUAGGAACAAUAAGAACCAGCAACCUCUAUUAUAGCACCAAAAUAGCUUCAUAAGCCAAGUCGCCGCCUUGGCGUCGGCGAAUAUCUUUUAUAUGAAAAUGAUAGCUCUCAUUUCCUCAUUACAUGCCUAGCUCUAAAAUGUUGUUACUUAUUUAUGUUUGCAAUCAAUUUUCGUACACUGUAAUCGUUAAACCCCAAGUUGUCUGCGAUUUGUUCAUAAACCCUCCGGCAACAUAAUGCAUGCGCACAACCACCCAGUCCGAAGCGUUUAAACGGAACAGUGGAACAGUGGAAAUCAUUUGUUCGGUUAUAAAAAAAACAUCGUGAAAUUAUAACUUUUAUGUCAUCACAGAAGGAAAGAAUAAAAACCAUGUAGCCCAGAUGAAGUAGAACGUAA